ACAAAUAUUGAUGUUCCCAGGUUUUCCGAUCGUACACGUGCAAGAACGCUCAAGAUGCUGCAACUGGUAGCUCUCAUCGCUGGCUGCUGCAUUGUCGCGACAGCCAAAACUACUUGUGUCCAGGGCCCUGUCGAUGCCAAGAAAAGCAUUGUUGGACCUGGCACAGGAAAGCUUUAUCUGGUAAAAUCGACAUACCCUCAAGAUCUAACCUGUUUGUAUACGGUUCUUCCACCGACCGAGACUUCGUGGCCGGCACCCUAUCCCUUCGGGUUCAAGGACAAAAAAACUGGUGAAUGGGUAAAGGUAACGACCGGGACGGUUGACGGCCAAGGCUCAAACGCCAUUGACAGUGAUUCAGGUUUUGGCGAAACGAAUACCACACUGCUUUACUCGGACUACAAGAACUGCGCUGUUGGACUUUUCCAUGGAGGAAAUGUCAAGGACGGACCACAUCUGGAACUCUUUAAGUACAGCAGCGCCACAGAGGGCAGCCAGGGUCUUCAGUGCUGCGAAGAUCGCUUCGCAGCGGAACUCAGAAAGCAUGGCAAAGAAGAAAAAGAUGUUAUUCAAGUGAACAAGGACUGCGAUUAUCCUGAUUAGACUUCCAAGUAAAACUGUCCUCGGACAGGUCAAAUAAAGGUUCCAGCGUUUCAA